AUGGCGACGAUCUCAUCUGCUUUACUCUCACCAACAACAAUCUCCGCCGCAAUUCCUCAAAGAAACCCCAAUUCCAUCUCCUUCCACGGCCUCCGACCACUCCGCAUCGGCGGCAACUCCUCCUCCACCCUCCCCAAUCUCUCUGUCGCCUCAGGUAGAAGAUCUUCUUCCGCCGUCGUGAAAUCCGCUCUCAACCCCUCAGUCGUGAUCAGUCUCAGCACGGGACUCUCACUCUUCCUCGGCCGAUUCGUCUUCUUCAACUUCCAAAGAGAGAACGUUGCAAAACAAGGAUUACCUGAGCAGAACGGAAAAACUCACUUCGAAGCCGGCGAUGAUCGAGCCAAAGAAUACGUGAGUCUACUGAAAUCGAACGAUCCCGUCGGAUUCAACAUCGUCGAUGUUCUCGCUUGGGGAUCAAUUGGACACAUUGUUGCUUACUACAUCUUAGCUACUUCAAGCAACGGAUACGAUCCCAACUUCUUCGGCUGA